CUCGAAACGAACUAUUAUGUGAAUAGAAGAAAACUUAAGUGGUUGCGAAUUGAAAGUCUACAGAAACUAAAAGGACUGGAUUGGAAAAAUAAAAAGAAUAAAAGAAGUUUUGCACACAAUAACGCACCCACUAUCUUUCUCCUUCCCUUCCGCCUUCCUUCUUCUUCUUCUUCCUCCUCCUCACUGUUUAACGCAGAGCGCCUCCGUUUCUUCUCUUCUUCUCCUCUCUACACAAAUAUUUUCCUCUCUAUUUUUUUUCAUUCUCUUUCUUCUUUAUAAUCCUUCUGAUUCGCUUGGUGAUCGGUACGAGAAAGUUAGAAUCACGAAGAAGCUGUGUUUCGUUUAUCCUCGUUUAAUCGGAAUUGAAAUUGGGUGUGGAGAAGAAUUUGAACGAAUCAUAGAUUUCUGUAAAAAAAAAAAAAGCAAUCACAGAUCGGAAUCGGAAACGUAACCAUUACAUAAUUCGAAUCGGGUUUUCACUUGGGUAUAAUGAUGAGGUAUCAGAGAGUAAGCCCAGAUUGUCUUCCUCUUACAAAUGGAGGUAAGAAGCCAUACUUGCGACCAUCACCUUCAAGAGCAACAAACGAAGACACCACCACCACCACCGUUAUUACCACAACCUCCAUCGCCGGAAGAGGAUUUAACGGCGGAUCAUGCACAACCACCACCAACACCUCCUCUUUAGACGGAGUCCCCAAAGGAUUCCGAUUCAGAUCCACUCAACAACAACAACAACAAGAUCCUAGUCCUAGCCGUCGCGGCGGAGAUGUACUGUUACAGUGGGGACAACGUAAGCGAUCGAGAGCCUCUAGAGCUGAGAUCCGAUCCACCACCACCACAACCACCGCCGAUGAUUCUUCGUCUUCUUCAGGUCAAGGUAAGAUUCAAUCGAGUAAGCUCCAAAGAAGAUCGAUGAAUCCUUCCAUGCCACCACCACCACCAGCUCCGCCGAUUUUCUCUGGCCGGAGUACAAACCCUAGAAACGGUUUCGUUAUCGGCAAGGAAUCUUUCUUCCCUUCCAGGAAUCUAGAAGAUCGAUCAGCAAACGGAUCACCAUCAAGGAACAACAUCAACGGCCGUAUGAUAUCCAGAUCGGGUGGCUCAAAGCGAUCUCCACCGUCUCCAGACCAAAUCGAGAAGAGAUCAAGCGUUAGAGAUCACAGACAAAACGGGUUUGAUCAUCAUCAUCAUCAACAACAACACCAAAGAGUGAACAGAUCAGAAUCAACGGCUCAGGGUCAUCCAGAAGUGGAGAUAAAUGGAGAAAGAGAGAAAGCAACGCAAGAGUGGCCAAGGAUCUACAUUGCUUUGUCUAGGAAGGAGAAGGAAGAAGAUUUCUUGGUUAUGAAAGGAACUAAGCUUCCUCAUAGACCCAGGAAACGAGCUAAGAACAUUGAUAAAGCCCUCCAGUUUUGUUUUCCAGGGAUGUGGUUAUCUGAUUUGACCAAGAACCGUUAUGAAGUUAGGGAGAAGAAAAAUGUGAAGAAGCAGCAGAAACGGAGAGGAUUGAAAGGCAUGGAGAAUUUGGACACCGACUCUGAGUAAAUUUUUGCUUCUUUUUUUUUUUGGGUAUGGUUUUCGAUUUCUCUUUUGAGAAAAAAAAAUGAAGACGCUCGUGUGGCUUGCUUGUGAAGAGCGUGCGAAAUAGGCCGACAAAGAACCAGCAGAUCGAGAAAUUACUCUCUAUUUUUAUUUUAAUAUUUACUCUUAUUUUUCCUUCUUUGGUUUUUUUUUGGGGGGUUCCUAAAUUCUUUUUCUUUUGUUUCGUGUACAAAAAAAAAAGGUGAAGAUCCCUUCCCUUCUUCAUUAAUCAUAAUUCCCCUUUUAAUUAAGGAAAAAAAGAGAAAUAACUUCUUUUUC